AUGAGUAUUUCGGGCGUCCACCAGACAACCAGGCUUCCGAGCCAGUUUCUAUGCCAAUGGCCGUGGUGCCUUCACCUCCCAGUUGAAGCAGCCCUGUUCCACUGGGCAGAGGUCAAAGUCUGUGCAGGCGGUAGCGGUUCAGAGACCCUACCAAAAUGGCCAGCUGGGGCUCGGUCAAGUGUAUGCUUCUCUCAAAGUAGGCCAUCUGGUUGCGCAGGGCUAGUGAGGAGCGCCAAAGGUUGCUGGCGUCUGAGAGGCAAAUCACCGUCCGGUGCCUCUGGAAGUUGCUCUAAACGAGCCAGUCAACGGAGCCAACAGCGCCUCGGUCUCGUCGCCAGUGCAGCUUGGAUCGACAACAUCGGAAGCCCCAAUCAGCACCACUAA